CACGGGCAUCUCUCCAUCACUGCAGCAGGAGACUGGCAAGCCUUCCACGUCUCCACCUGUGCGCAAUCUGCAGUAUGGCAGCCCCGACAUUGAUGUGCGGUGCCAGCCAGAACCUUCAGGGGAGGCAUCUCUACACAAUCGAACUUUUCUUCAACGUCUCAUCCAUGCUGUGGAGGAUGAUCCAUGCUGUGGAGGAUGGUGAUUUCGACUCCCAGGAAAUAUUCGUUCAAGGUCUUGACCAGCAGCUUGGCAACAGUGGAUCCACGCCACCUGCAGUACGUGGGAUGCCUGACGAGGGAGGAAUGCCUUGCGGGGUUGACAUUCGUCAUGUGGAUCAGACGAGCACAAGGCAUGAUGUGCUUUGUUCCGAGCUGGGCAAUGCUUCUGGUGGAUCGAAAUCCAUCUCGGUCGGUAAAGCAGUGGCUGAAGCUGCUGCACCUGCAGUGGCUGAAGCUGUUGCACCUGCCGCUGCAAGUGGAUCGGUUGAUGGUGGCAAAAAGAAAAAGGUUUCCAAUCGAUGGGGGGAGAUGGAGACGACAAUGCUACUUAGGCGUGUGUACGAAGUGAAAACAAAUAUGGGAGAGAACUCCGAAGCCAUGGGGAUCGCUCCCUUGAAGCAGCGUUUGUGGCGGGACGUGAGUGAGAGAAUGAAGGAGGCACGGUACAAUCGAGAGGACGAAGACUGCAAGAAUCGGUUUCACUCCGUCUGCAACAACUACAGGCUUGUUAAAGAUCACAAUCGGUGGUCGGGCAACCAGAAGUACUGGUCCAUGGAUCAGGCGACACGCAAAGCAAAUAGCUUGGACUUCAUGAUGCGCAGGGAUUGGUAUGAUAUUAUUAAUGUGCAUGAGGUAGACAAGGACACCAUUAAUCCAAACAGUCUGACAGACCCCGGGGCCGGCGAGCAUAACAUGGACAACGUACAUGACACUGAUGUGGAGGUUGGUGAUGAUGAUGCUGAGGAGGAGGAAGCAGUGGAGGAUGGAUCGGCUAUAGGGGGGGGGUCUCACACUGGUGGAUCUGGAGGGGGGGCUGAACCUCCCUUAUAUGACUGUGCGGGAGGAGGGGCGGGGACUUCCGUCCCUGGUCAAGCAGGUGCGUCGACAUCAGCGUCUGGAGGGUCGACGUCGUCCGCAACCGUGACUGAAACUUUAGGCAGGCGGAAGAGGUGUCAACAGAAUGCACGUGAGCUAGCUAUGCGUGCCGUGACAGAGGCUAUGCGUGAUCACACAUCGGCACAGACGAGAUCCGACAUCACGCACCACCAGAUAUUGCGUGAGCAGCUGACUAUACAAGAUAGAGCGGCGAAGCUGACAUGCGAAGUGAUGCGUGAGGAUAUUGCUUCUCGUUCAAGCAAUUCCGAGAAACUGGGGGAGAGAUUGGAAAAGGGCUACGCAAUCCUCGCUGAUGCUAUUUGCAGCUUGGGCAGGAAGAGGGCGAGAUCUCCUAACGCUGAAGAGGACGAAUGACGUCGACAUACGACACAGUAAAGGAGUUGUUAUGAA